AUGCUGACCCUCCAGGGCACAGUCCAGGAGCUGCGGGGCGCCUCCCUGGCCCUGCAGGAGAGCAGCAUCAAGUGCACGGAGCUGCAGGAGGAGAACUGGCAGCUCUGGAAGCAGGGAACGCUGGGUGGUGUCCGGAACACAUGGGUGGAAGAGUUGGGGAUGCAACUACAGAAGGAAAAGGCCAGCAGCCAGCACUUAGAGACCCUCAAUGAAGAGCUGGAGGGAGACCUUGAGCAACAGUUCAACAUCAUACACACCCUGAGGGCGCACAGGGCCACCCAGAACUCGGGGGAGGAGAAGAGCCAGGCGGUCAGGCUGAGGCAGCAGGACCAGCUCCAACAGGAGGCAGCGCUGCAGGAGCUGAGGAAGCUCCUGACCACCAAGCGGGAGACCCUGCAGCAGGAUCAGGAGGCCAAGGUCCUGGCCGCCCAGGAGAAGGAGAGGCUGCGGCAGGAGGUAGACAGAUUCCCAGCAGUGGAGUCACAGGGGCGUGUGGUGUGGGAGACGUUGCUGAUCUGGGUUUUAGUGCUCACCUGCAUGAGGCAGACUUUGGAGGAAGAGAAACGUCACUUCAGGAGCCAGAUCAAGAACCGGAGCAGAACCGGAGCCUUCUACAGAUGCUACAAGUGCAAAAACUUCCAGCAUCACAUCACAGAACAGCGGCACGAGGGGGAGCCUCUGGCCCCAGAUGGCAGCUCCCCGGACAGGUCCCCGAGCAAGGCUGUGGCCCCUGAGGCAAGCCCAGAAAGGAGCUGCUCCCUUCACAGCUGUCCCCUUGAGGACCCUUCCAGUUCUCUGGGACCUCCACCAGCAACUUCUACCCUCCAGCCUGUGGGCCCGUCCAGCCCCUUGGCCCCUGCCCACUUCACUUAUACCCGGGCACCGAAGGAAUACCGAGGGGGCAGUUCCCUGCCAGGGCUUGGGGACCGAGCAGCUCUGUGCUCCCAUGGCUCCAGCCUCAGCCCUUCCCCAGCCCCCUCACAGCAUUAUGGGGCCUGGAAGCCCCCAUCUGUGCAGCACCACGUGAUAAGCGUCAGGCAGGAACAGGCCUUCCGGAUGCCGAAGAGCUAUUCCCAGCUGAUUGCUGAGUGGCCAGUGGCAGUGCUGCUGCUGUGUCUAGCUGUCAUCCUCCUCUGCACCCUGGCUGGACUCUUGGGGGGCCACCUGCCCGACUUCUCCAAGCCCUUGCUGGGCUUUGAGCCUCGGGACACAGACAUUGGACGGAAGCUCGUGGUGUGGAGAGCACUGCAGACCCUCACGGGCCCCAGGAAGCUGCUUUCCCUCUCCCCAGACCUUGAGCUGAACAGCUCAAACCCCCACACCACUCUGAGCCCCACACCCUGGAGUAGUGCCCAGGAGGGCAUGGUCCGGCCCCGGAGGAUGGUGGAGCCCCUGGAGGACAGAGGGCAAGAGAAUUUCUUCUGUGGCCCCCCUGAGAAGAGCUAUGCACAGCUGGUAUUCAUGUCCACCUCAGCGGGAAGCCUGUGGAACCUACACGCCAUCCAUUCCAUGUGUCACAUGGAACAGGAUCAGAUCCGCUCCCAUCACCGCUUUGGGGCUCUGUGCCAGCGCACAGCAGCCAACGAGUGCUGCCCCAGCUGGUCCCUGGGCAACUAUGUGGCAGUGCUCUCCAACCGCUCCUCCUGCCUGGACACGACUCACGCAGACGCAGCCCGCAUACUGGCCCUGCUCCGGACCUGUGCCCUCUACUACCACCGUGGGGCCCUGGGGCCCCCUUGUCUGGGACCUGGGCAGGACAAGCCCUCACGCUGUGCCCAGGUUCCCACCAAGUGCUCCCGGAGCAGCGCCGUCUACCAACUUCUGCACUUUCUGCUGGACAAGGACUUUCUGAGUCCCCAGACUGCUGACUACCAGGUGCCCUCUCUCAAGUACAGCCUGCUCUUCCUGCCCACCCCAAAGGGUGCCUCCAUGAUGGGCAUCUACCUGGACCACCUAGCCACCCCCUGGGGGCUCUCUGACAAUUACACGUCCAUCACUGGCAUGGAUCUGGGCCUCAAGCAGGAGCUGUUGAGGCACUACCUAGCCCAGGACACGGUGUACCCCCUGCUGGCCCUGGCUGCCAUCUUCCUCAGCGUUGCUCUCUACCUGCGCUCCUUCUUCCUCACGCUCAUGGUGCUGCUAGGGGUGCUGGGCUCCCUCCUGGUGGCCUUCUUUCUUUACCGAGUGGCCUUCCGCAUGGCCUACUUCCCCUUCGUCAAUCUGGCGGCCCUCGUCCUGCUCAGCAGCGUCUGCACCAACCACACCCUCGUCUUCUCCGACCUCUGGCGCCUCAGCAAGAGCCAGCUGCCCUCCGGGGGGCUGGUGCAGCGCGUGGGCCGCACCAUGCAUCACUUCGGCUACCUGCUGCUGGUCUCCGGCCUCACCACCAGCGCGGCCUUCUACGCCAGCUACCUGAGCCGCCUCCCGGCCGUGCGCUGCUUCGCCCUCUACAUGGGCACGGCCGUGCUGGUCUUCCGGCCCAGCCACCCCUUCGAGCGCUUCGACGCGGAGUACCGCCAGCAGUUCCAGUUCGAGCGGCUGCCUGAGGGCGAGGGCGGCCACAUGCCCGUGAUCCUGGUGUGGGGCAUCCUGCCCGUAGACACUGGGGACCCCCUGGACCCUCGCAGCAACAGCUCCCUGGUCAGUGACCCGGCCUUCUCUGCCAGCAGUCCCGAGGCCCAGCGCUGGCUGCUGGCACUCUGCUACGGGGCUCGGAACCAGAGUUUCUUUGGUGCCCAGCCAGAGGGCUGGCCCACGCUGUGCUUCGUGGAGGCCCUCCAACACUGGAUGGGGAGUCCCGGUUGUGCUCGCCUGGGGCCUGGCCUCUGCUGUGGCCCCUCGGGCUUCCCCUGGGCACCGGAGCUUUUCCUGCACUGCCUCAAGAUGAUGGCUCUGGAGCAAGGCCCAGACAGCACCCGGGACCUGGGGCUCCGCUUCAAUACCCAGGGCAGCCUGGCUGCCCUGGUCCUACAGUUCCAGACCAGCUUCCAGUACAGCCCGAACUACAGCCAGGCCCACCACUUCUACACUGAGGUCAGCCACUGGCUGGCCGCGGAGCUGAGCAGGGCACCUCCCGGCCUCCGCCAGGGCUGGUUCACCAGCCGUCUGGAGCUGUACAGCCUGCAGCACAGCCUGAGCACCGAGCCCGCCGUGGUGCUAGGCCUGGCUCUGGCGCUGGCCUUUGCCACGCUGCUGCUGGGCACCUGGAACGUUCCACUCAGCCUGUUCUCCGUGACAGCGGUGGCAGGCACGGUACUGCUCACCGUGGGGCUCCUGGUUCUGCUGGAGUGGCAGCUCAACACUGCGGAGGUGCUCUUUCUCUCUGCCUCCGUGGGCCUGUCGGUAGACUUCACUGUCAAUUACUGCAUCUCCUAUCACCUUUGCCCACACCCGGACCGCCUGAGCCGCGUGGCCUUCUCACUGCGCCAGACCAGCCGCGCCACAGCCAUGGGGGCUGCAGCCCUGUUUGCCGCGGGUGUGCUCAUGCUGCCUGCCACGGUGCUGCUCUAUCGCAAGCUGGGCAUCAUCCUCAUGAUGGUCAAGUGCGUCAGCUGCGGCUUCGCCAGCUUCUUCUUCCAAUCUCUCUGCUGCUUUUUUGGGCCGGAGAAGAACUGUGGGCAGAUCCUCUGGCCCUGUGCCCACCUGCCAUGGGACGCCAGAGCUGGAGAGCCAGGUGGGGAGAAGGUAGGCCGCCCACGACCAGGGCCACCGGGGUCCUGCUCAGAGCAGUAUGAGCUACAGCCCCUGGCACGGCGCCGGAGCCCCAGCUUUGACACCAGUACAGCCACCAGCAAACUGUCUCACAGGCCCUCUGUGCUCUCUGAGGAUAUACAGCUUCACGAUGGCCCCUGCUGCUCCCGGCCCCCCCUGGCCCCUGCCUCACCAAGAGAGCUGUUCCUGGACCACCAGGCGGUCUUCAGCCAGUGCCCAGCCCUGCAGACCUCCUCCCCUUAUAAGCAGGCUGGCCCCAGCCCCCAAACCCAGGCCAGGCAGGACUCCCAAGGACAGAAGGCUGAGCCCGUGCAGGCCUCACCAGAAGCCUCAGCCCCAGCCCACGCCCCCAAGCCCAAGGCUGCAGAGCCCCCUGAUUGCCUCUGCUCCUCAGCCAGCACCCUGGAGGGGCUCAGCGUCUCCGACGAGACCUGCCUAAGCACCUCUGAGCCCAGUGCCCGAGUACCAGACUCCAUGGGUGCCUCCCCAGACGACCUGGAUGAAACUGAGCAAUCAGUACCUGAGCGAGGCCAGCUGAACGGGAAGCGGGACACCCUGUGGCUGGCGCUGAAGGAGACUGUGUACGAUCCAUCACUGCCUGCCUCCCACCAGAGCAGCUCGUCCUGGAAGGGCCGAGGGGGGCCAGGGGAUGGCAGCCCUGUGGUGCUGCCCAACAGCCAACCAGAUCUUCCAGACGUUUGGCUGCGCAGGCCCAGCACCCACACUUCAGGCUAUAGUAGUUGAGAGUGGCCCAGGAAGGCCAGAUCAGGGUACAGAGCCUGGACCAGGGUGCAGGCAGGGACAGCAUCAGGCCGGAGCUUGAUGGUGUUUUCCCAUGUCAGCAUGGAGAGGCCUCACCCUUCAGCCUUGGAUUUUAAACCCUGCCAGAUAUUCCAGCCUUGGUCCGGGCUGCUGCUUACACCCCACGUCUGGAGGAUUCAGUGGGGAGAGUCUUUGGAGGGGAAACGCCCCGCUCUCCUUGUGACCUGCUGAGGGCUCCUGAGCCCCCACAGUGCCAACCAGGACCCACCCCAGGGUAUCUCACCAAGCAGGAGUCCCGGGGAAUCUCAGCAGCCUCCUGGCCUCGUGCUUUUCAGGGGCUCUUUAUCAGGACACUUGCUUCUCUUUGGGGAGCUUCUCUGUGCCAGAGUGGGUCUGGGGCCUCUGUCCUGAACUGCCCUGCUCCCCUCACUCACCCAGUCUGACCAGAAGUUCAAGGCCAAGCUUGAGGUGGCGGGAGCAGGAGGAGGGCUGCUCAGCCUCAGAGCAUCCCUCUUAUAUUGCAGGCUGGUCCUUCCUAGGAAGCUGCUGUGGCAGGGAGAGUGGGUGCCCCUGUUAAUUGGAAUCCUUUCCAUCACUGCCUUAGUUUACGGAACACUUCCGUACUUGUCUCCUUGGAAUCUCACUUCACGGUGGGGUAGCCUGCAGUUGGCCAGGUUCUUUGGCCCCCAACUAAGUUGAUUUACCCAAAGUCACGUAGCUAAUAAAUGACAAAGCAGGAUCCCACACUCACUCCACCACUACAGCUCCCACUCUCCUGGCCACCUAUCCCAAGGCUGUCCUGAUCUUUUACCUCUAGCACCUUCCUGUGACCUGCCUUCUCAGAUGUCUCUGAGUAAGCCCCACUCUCUCCCCCCACCCCACUUUACCUUCAUUUCCAGAGCAAGCCUGGAGUUCCUCCCCAUCAUCUCUGUGUGUCACUCCAAAUUCAGCUGAGAUGCCUCCUGGCCAUAGGGUAUCCUGGCUAAUCUGAUUCCCAGGUUCAGAGUGAGGGGCAUACCUCCUCUGGAGAGCCCCCACCGGAAGAGACACUGAAGGAAGUAGAGGUGGAGCAGAGUUCAAUUAAGGCAAGAACUCAGGGCUGCCCCUUUUGGGACUGUGAGGGUCUGAAGCUGUUCCCCAGGUAGGGUCCCCAGCUUCCUAAGGACAGGCGUCCCUGGUGGCCAGCAGCAGACCAAGGGCUGAAUCCUCCUCUCCACAUCAGUGAGUCUCUUUGGAAGGUUUUAUCCCCUGUAAGAGCUUAUGACGCUCAGAGCAUCAGCAACUUACUGAACACCUACUCUGCAUAUGGUACUACACGGGGCAGAGGAAAAUCGACAUCUUCCCUCAAGGAGCUCACCUUCUGACCAGGGAAACAGUCCACACAUCUGUGCCUGUCACCCUCAGUAUUGCUGGAGCUCGAGUACCAGGACUGGGUAACCAGGAAGGCUUCCUGGAAGAGGAACAACUUGCACUGGGCUUCAGAAUCCUAAGUAUCUCAGACUGGAAGGAAUGGUCCUCCGCUCCAGCAGUUUUCAAACUUUGUAGCCGCAGGACCCUUUCUUCAAAGAAUUAUUGUAUGGAAACACAGUAUAUAAAACAGAUCAAAAGCAGCUACUCUGGUGGGUGCUGGGUGGGGAGUACAGCUCAGCCCUCCUUUCCUCUGUGCCUGGGAAACCCCUCAAACUCUGAAGGCUCCACAGAACGUGGUGUGAAAACCCCUGAUUCAGGCCAUUUUACAGAUGAGUAUCACAAAGGGGAAGGGAGUUCUCUAGGAACAAACAGUCUGGCAGAGCUGGAGACAAAUCAAGGAGUGUUUUGGUUUUUCCUGUGUUGUUGAGACUCGCCUCUCACCCAAGUAGCUCAUGAAGUGGGACAGAAACCCAAAUGAGACGCAGGAUUUGAAGACACAGAAGGCUGUGGGCAAGAUAAGUAAAUCAAACCCAUUGGACUCCUGACACUAGGAAGGGAGGGUAGUGACGAGGACAUAACUUGGACCUGCCCCGCAGAGAUCUCCAUGUCCAAGUAGAAUUCAGCCUCUCUGGCCUAGGGCUGCUCAUCGGGACUGUCUAUGGACUGUCCUCCUGCUAUCACACAGCCAGGCUGAGAGGCCCUGGUCUCAUCUGGGACCAUCAGCUCCCAGAGGGAGGACAGGUGAGCCCUUCCUCCUGAGCAUGAACAGAAGUCUGGCCUUGACUCAAAAGAGAGUCCAGCAUCUUAGUUGCUUCUCAGCAACUCACUGUUGUGGGAGGGCAGCAGGCACCUGGACCAAAAAACCCUGCUCCUCCACACCCUUUUUUGAAGGGUCUCAGGUUCAAUGCUGGUCAAAGGCAUGUACCUCGAUCCUGGGCCCCAGUCUGGGCGUGUGCAGUA